UACCAACGACACUAAUAUCGGCCUUCGGGUCGGAUACGGAUGGAACAUUUCUGUAUUUGGGACGUCAUUUUUUGCAAUUUCCGGGAGGUUCCAUACGUGUAUCUCCUUGAGUGCCGCUCGAGGCCGAGUCGAUGUCACGGUCGAGGUUGGCCGACAUCGGGACAAAAGUGGGUGGAGGGCAACGUUUCGCCUAAAUGAGUGGCCGGGCCGAUGCUAAGUAAUGUUGUCACUUACGCAUCCGACGAAAUGGAAGGAUUCUUGGAAAGGAGAGAUUCCAAUCCGGAAGAUCAUCCGCAAACAUUUUUGCAAUUUGCCCUCUUUAAUUUCAAAAGAAGUUUAAAUGUUUACGAAAAGUUGAAAAACAAACAAGAGACAACACGCUCUACUGUUAAAUUGGUAGAAACAAUUAGAGAAAGAUGUCGAGGUAGAAGAUCUAACCAAUGGACUUGGAAGGAAUUAGUAGAUUUAGUUAAAUAUUCUGAGGUUCCCAUUGAAGAAUCUUUACUCUCCUUACCAUCUGCGGAACAUAACAAAAUGGCUCUAGAGUGCUUUAAAUGUAUAAUGAGAUAUAUGGGCGAUUUUCCUUUGAAAACGAAUCAGACCGAGAUAGAUUGCCUCUAUACAAUUUUAUCUAUAUCUUAUAGAUGGAGCGAUCUUCGGGAUGAAGUGUACUGUCAAUUAAUCAAGCAAACUACCAACAAUAAAAGUCCCAAUAAAGAUAGUUGUCUGAAAGGUUGGAGAAUGAUGAUGUUACUAACGGCAUUUUUUCCUGUUUCUGAUAUAUUAAAGCCUUAUUUCAUGCACCAUCUCGAAACCGUUUCUAAUGACGAGAGGAGGAACUUCUGUGAAAAUGCUCGCAUCUGUCUAAAGAAUUUGCAUAAAACAUUAAAGUGUGGAGGAAGAAAAAACGUCCCCAGUUUAGAAGAAUUAAUUGCUUUAUCGAACGAUAAAAUUAUUAAACAGCAAGUGUAUUACAUCGCUGGGGGUACUAAACUAAUUGUUGACACGUGGACCACUAGCACCGUCCAUGAUAUAAUUCGUGAAAUAUGCUACUUUCUAAACGUUCGACGUGAUCUCGAGAUGGAAGAAUUCGGCUUAUAUUGUAUCGUAGAAGGAGAUCCUUACACCUUGCCAUUGCAAUCGGACGAAUACGUUUUAGACGUUAUGACAGAAUUAACUAAAAAUAAUUACGUCUUCUACCUGCUUUUCUCCAGAAUCGUUUGGUAUCAUCCUGUAAGAUUAGAUAAUCAUCUGUACAUAGAAAUAAUUUAUAAUCAAAUGGCCCCAGAUUACAUGGACGGACUGUUUUUACUUUCAUCAGGGCCACAACUAGGAGAACAAACAGAGGAAGAAAUUGCUAGGAUAGGAGCUCUUCUUCAUUGCGCAUCGAAUUUCUCAGAGACACCCAAGAAUCAAGAUAUACUGUAUCUUCUUCCCAGAACUCUUCCAUAUUUAUCAAUACUCUCUUUCGAGCAAUGGGUAAGCAAAGUGUGCCAAUGUUGGGAGGAAGUAAAAAUCUUAACAUCUCUCGAAGCUAAAGCGCAAUGUUUAGAUAUCCUUCAAAAAUGGCCUCUAUUCGGUUCGUCUUUCUUCACUGUUAUGUUGAUGAAAGAAAAUUUGGAAGUCAUAGACCACGUUUUAGCCAUUAAUAAGAAUGGAGUUCUUUUAUUGGAUAUCGAUUCUCAUGAAUGUAUUUGGGAAAGUAAUUUUACUAAUUUGAAAAACCAAAAUAAGAAAAAGGAAAAGAUUCUUACGUUAAUUAAUGAAGAAAAACAGUCCAUCGAAAUAAAAUCCGAAUACGUGAUGGAGAUUUUAAGUCUAAUCCAGCAAUACAUCGACGUACAGAGAUCGUCAUCAAUCGUGACAACAAUGUGUAAUUUUUCAAUAAACUCGUAA